AACCCCAAUGGAUAUCACAAAUUGAAUCUUUCGAGCUGAGAGAGAAUUGCGUUUAAAUAUUUGCGAACGUGCGACAUAUCGCCACGAAAUGUAUGCGGAUAAUAAACGUGGCCUAGACAAGGUGACGGCAGCCACACCGCCCACCCUUCAGCAGCAAACCCAUCAUCAUCAGCAGCAGCAGCAGCAACAUCUGCAUCAUCAUGUCCUGCAAUUGCAGCAGCAGCAGCAGCAGCAACACCUCCAGCAACAGCAACAUCACUUGCAGCACCAAAUGCAUACGCAUCAUAACUUUCAGGCACUUGAGGCACCAACAACAUUGUCGCAGCAGCAACAGCAGCAGCAGCAGCACAUGCAGCAGCAACAGUCGUCGCAGCAGCAGCAGCAGCAGCAACACACAACAUCCCAGCAGCAGCAGCAGCAGCAACAGACAGCCGGCAUGUUUACAAGAUUCGAUGCAAACAAGUCGACGAAGGGCGCCUCCAAGAUGCGACGCGAUCUCAUAAAUGCAGAGAUAGCCAAUCUGAGGGAUCUGUUGCCACUGCCCCAGUCCACCCGGCAGCGUCUCUCGCAGCUCCAGCUGAUGGCCCUGGUCUGUGUCUAUGUGAGGAAAGCCAACUAUUUCCAGCAAGUUUUUAAACGUCACAAUGCGAUGCAUCAUCUACAUCAUCAGACAGCAACACCAAAUAUUGGCUUCUCAAAGGCACUCUCCGGCUUUUUGAUGAUGCUCACACAAAAUGGCAAAUUGCUCUAUAUAUCGGAUAAUGCGGCCGAGUACUUGGGCCAUUCCAUGGAGGAUCUACUGAUACAUGGUGACUCCGUUUACGAUAUCAUUGACAAACAGGAUCACGCAACCAUCCAGGCGGAGUUAAAUCGGAACGUGCCACAGCAACCAGGUGGCCCAAGUCAAACGGGAAACAGCGGUGGUGCCGGCGACUCAACGUCCAGCAAUGGUAGUGCCGGCGGUGGUGGAGGAGCUGCUGGUGGUGGAGGUGGUGCUGCUGGUGGCAGUGGUGGUGGCGCCUCCAGUCUCGAGGGCGAGCAUCGCAUGUUCCUCUGUCGCAUGAAUGUUAGCCGCAAUGCGCGACGGCAAAUGCGUUUCGGUGAUCAAAAGGUUGUCCUGGUCCAGGGUCACUAUUUGUCAUACCUGCCGCUCUGCAGCCGGAAUGAGCCCGUCUUUCUGGCCACCUGCACACCGAUAGCCAUGCCCGAGACCAGGGAAUGUGUGGUGCAAGGUGCCACCAAUGUCUUCACCACGAUCCAUUCGAUGGACAUGAAAAUAGCCCAUAUCGACAAGAAUGGCGAGUUUCACUUGGGUUACGACAAGAGCACGUUACAGGGCACCUCCUGGUACAAUCUGAUUCACAGCGAGAAUCUGAGGGAGGCGCAAAAUAAGCACAGACUAAUCACGCAAUCGGAGCAGGAUCGCAGUUGUAUCCUUUUAGUGCGAAUGCAACGGUCUAGUGGCGAAUAUACCUGGGUUCAUGUGGUUCUACAGGUGCGAGACAGUCCUGAUUCCACUCAGCAACCUGUCAUUGUAUGCACCAAUCAAGUUCUCAACGAUCGCGAGGCUUCUAUAAUGCUGGCCAAUUCCUGGCUGUAUCACUACUAUACCGUCCAGUCGAAGAUCCAGUUUGGCAUGCCCCUGGACAGUGGCAUUCGUGUGCCACCUGGUACCCCCUCCAGUGGUGGUUACUACAGUCCACAUUCAUCACACCCACCAACCACACCGGGUGGUGCCACACCCAGCCUAGGCAUAAGCGGUACCUUUGGUAGUCACCAUCAUGCCCAUCAUCCGCACUCGCAUCCGCAUCAUCAUCAUCAUCAUCACCAUCCAGCGGCUGCCUAUCAUCAUCAUCCGCAUAUGGGAACCUAUGGCACUGGGGUAUAUCACGCAGAUGCUGGCAUAGAGAUCAAAGAGGAUCAGCCACUGUUCAGUUUCCAAGAGCCCGUGGACUACAGUCAGGUGAACAGUCAGGUGAGCCCUCCGAAUGCCGCCAGUACUCCCAAUCCGCCUGUCCCCAAGUCUGCGACUCCACCGCCACCAAAGAAGAGGGCAAGGAAGCUGGAGCCACUGUACCUCCACGCGGAACGUUCUCCAGCAGCUGCGAUUACUCCAGAGCCGGACUGCUAUGCCCUUCACUCCCAUCCAGCGGCUGCCUAUGCCACCUCCUCAUCGGCGGUGGUCAGUAGCUCCGAUGCCUCCGUCAUAUAUGCCACAAUAGUGCCGACAAGACCGCGGUUGCCCAAUAAGACUCUGCCCCCCGAUCCUGCCGACUUCAUAGAGCAAUGGAAUCCCAGUCCGCCGUGGUCAGAGUCGGCACAGAAGGCCUCCCUGGAUAGCUUUGGGUCUUCCCAUGAGCUGAGUCCUUGCAUAACCACCACACCACCCACACCCACCAGUGCCACGCCCCAUAAUAGUGGACUGGGCACCCAUGGGAGCAUGGGACCUGCCUUUAGCUUUGAGUGGAUGUCGGAUCCUUUGGUACCGGUGACCUACCAGCAGUGGCCGCCCACGGGUGAUCAUCAUCAGCAUCUCUCCCAGCACUUGAGUCAAAGUCAGGGUCAUCAGAAUCCUUUGCUGCAACAGCAGCUCAUCCAGCAGCAUCAACAGCAACAGCAGCAACUAUCCCAGCAGCAGUCACAUCUCCAUCAGCAGCAGCAGCAGCAGCAACAUCAGCAACACUUAGCACUUCACCACGGGCGUGCGGAGAGCUCCCUGGAGGGGGGCUCCACUGCGACAGAUCGGGGUAUGGGGGUGGUUGUGGUGCCAGCAGCCCCAUCGAUACCCAUAUCGAUACCCAUACCGAUACCGAUACCAACAUCCACGGGCCAUGGGGAUGCCGGGGAACCGGUUGAGGAUAGAGAUCCCAAAAAUUAGAGGAACCCAGCAAAGCUUGGAAAUACCCAGAGAUCGGAAUAGAUCGGAGCGGAGCGGCCUGCCAUGGCGGCCAGGUGAUAAUCACACUUAAAUUAAUUGCCACUUGUCAUCUUAGCGUUUAAAUUAUUUUUAUCUAACGAAGAAAACAACGCUAUAACACAUUCGUUUCUCGAUAUAACAACUAAUUUAAGCCUGAGCCCUUUUUACGUUUUCAACCAUUCAAUAUUUUGUACGUGCAAUCUGGAAAAACCACACACUUAAAAAAAUAUAAAUAUAUAUAUA